GUUGGCCUCGCCUCAUGCAAGCCUCAUGUACAUCCUUCUUUAAGCAGCUGAUCAUAUCAUAGAUUGCUUUGCUUGAUCUUCUUUGUCAAGAAUAAGGUGUCUAGAGCUUUCCUGAGUCGGAAGUCCCAUAUUGGAGCACAUGUCGUUUGACUUCGUCUGUCCGACGGGCCGCCCACUCUGUCCCAUUUUCCAGAUAAGAAUUCGCCAGCCUCUCAGGUCUCAAGUCAACAUAGGUCUUCUUCCCAAGGAACAACGUUACCAGAAUGGCUUUCAAAAAACUCCUUCAAUUUGUAAUCAGCGCGGUUUCUAUCAAAGCCGUAUUCGCGCACCAGAUCCCUUUGGGCGACACUAUUGAACAGCCUGAGACGUGGUUGUCAAAAUAUGGUCCCCAGAUUGACCAACCUUUCUCUGGACCAUUGGCAUUUUCUCAUAUGACUUAUUCCCGUUGUCUGGAAGAUGAAUCCGCGCAGUUUGAUAUAGCAGUUCUCGGUAUGCCUUUUGAUACGGGCACAUCCUAUCGCCCCGGUGCUCGCUUUGGACCCUAUGCGAUUCGUUCAGGCAGCAGAAGACAGAGGGAGGCUCGCGGAUAUAGUUUGGCUUGGGGCAAUAAUCCAUACGAGCAAGGAUCAAAAAUAAUUGACUGUGGCGACGUUCCGAUCAUUCCAUUCGACAAUGUUCUGGCCAUGGACCAAAUGGAAGUCGCGUAUUCUACUUUGUUAAAUCGUCCUAUCGCCUCCAGCCAGUCUGUUUGGGCGAAUGGUGCCCAACUUGCGAAGGACGGACGUGAGCGCCCACGGAUCGUCAGCCUUGGAGGCGAUCACACAAUCGUGCUUCCAAUUCUUCGUGCUCUUAACAAGGUAUAUGGACCGGUUUCUGUUAUUCACUUCGAUGCGCACCUCGACACCUGGAAUGGAUAUCCGGGAACAGUGACUGAGCAGUCGCGCGUUACACACGGAACCUUCUUUUAUGUAGCUAACGAGGAAGGCUUGGUUUCGAACUCGAGCAUUCAUGCUGGUAUCCGAUGCAAAUUAGUGGGACUGGGAGACAUUGAAAAUGAUGAAUCAGUUGGAUUCCACUUCAUCACGAGCGAUGACAUCGACGAUCACGGGGUUCCCGCGAUCAUCAAACGCAUACGGGAGCGUGUUGGUGACACACCUGUCUACUUGAGUCUUGAUAUCGAUGUUAUCGAUCCUGGUCUUGCACCUGCUACGGGUACUCCCGAGGCGGGAGGCUGGACGAGUAGAGAGGUCAAACGAAUCAUCCGUGGCCUGGCCGGAUUGAACUUCGUUGGUGCCGACAUAGUGGAAGUCGCUCCUGUCUAUGAUCAUGCCGAAAUCACAGGCACGGCGGCGGCCGACCUUGUCCACGAUUUUCUAUCGAUGUUCAUGUCUCAAUCGCCUCCCACACCAUACGCACUUCCUGGUUCUUGGCUUCGAGAUGAACUUUGACGGUUCUUCUUACUUUCCAAGCUAUCUUUGUCUGUUCCCUACAUCACCACGUGCUAAUCAGGUGCUAAGCAGAAAUACUUUCAGAGUACGUAACAGUACGUAACAUGCAAUACAAAAUGUUCUCGUCCCCAGA